UCGCCGGAUUCCCCUCAUUUUGCGUGAUCACUUCCCGACCCUUUAAAGGCCAUUCCCGGCCGACCUUAUGGCUGAUACAGGGACAGCUUCCUUCCCUGACAGAUGAAAGGGGAAGCGAAGCAAUAAUUACCGCCAUGGCUCGUCCGACCGUGAAUAAAAUCGCGACGAUCCUCUGGGGGAAAGAGCCGAUGGAUCGAGCCCUACUUUCAAAACUAGAUCUCACUCUGCUCCCAUAUUUUUCCCUCAUCUGGUUCCUCUUCGGCGUAACGCGAGCCAGCUACUCAUCGGCGUAUAUCAGUGGCAUGCGCGAGGCUCUGAACUUCCAAGGCAGAGACUACAACUACAUGAAUACCGCCUACCUGGUCGUCUACGCUGUCUGCCAAAUUCCCGGGACGAGUCUGUUGACUGUUGUGCGACCCAAAUAUGUUUUCGUCGCAGCCAACCUCACGUGGAGUGUUCUCACCCUCAUCACGUACAAAAUGACUCAUGCAUGGCAGGUUAUUCUGCUGAAUGCCAUUGAGGGUGGCUUCUCGGCGAUCGCCUAUGUAGGUGCACACUUCAUCUUGGGAUCAUGGUAUCGCAAGUCCGAGCUUGGCACUCGAGCGGCCGUCUUUUGCUGCUUCGGCCAUAUCGGCAGUAUGGCCGGCGGAUGGAUUCAAGCUGGGCUGCUGAAAGCAUUGGCUGGGAAGGGCGGGUUGCCCGCGUGGCGAUGGAUCUUUAUCAUCGUCUCGGUGAUGACGAUUCCAGUCGCUCUAUUCGGAUGGUUUUUCAUCCCCGACCUUCCGGUACAUCGCGCCGCAUGGUAUCUUAACCACGCGGAGAAAGAGCACGCCGCACGCCGACUGGGACGAUCACCCAAGCAGACGUGGGAUGGCACUGUCCUAAAACGAGUCUUGCUUAGCUGGCAAUUCUAUCUCUUACCUCUCAUCUUCAUGCUCUACUCCCUCUGCGUCCAAUCCCUAAACAACAACGUCAUGGCCCUCUGGAUGGCCUCACGAGGCUACACAACUAUCCAACAAAAUAACUACCCAACAGGCAUCUACGCAACCGCCAUAGUCGGAACGAUCUUCUACUCCCUCCUCUCGGACAAGCUCCAAUCCCGCUGGGAAUGCUCCAUCGCAAUUGGACUCACCUUCGUCAUCGGCAGCGCUGUCCUAGUAGCCAACCCCAGCGCCGACGUAGGCCACUUCUUCGCCUUCUACCUGCUCGGCACGACCUACGCGCCGCAGGCCCUCUGGUACUCAUGGAUGGCGGACGUAACAGGCCACGAUCUGCAGCUGCGAGCCAUCACGACGGGGUUCAUGAACUCGUUCGACUUUGCUUUCGUCACUUGGUGGCCGUUGAUAUUCUAUCCGGUCACCGAUGCGCCGCAUUUCGAGAAGGGAUACAUCGCCAGCUUGGUUACGGGCGCGCUGACCAUUCCCUUCAUUGGCCUUGUUGCAUACUUAGAUCACAGGGACACCCUGAGGGGCGUUAUUGGACGGCUUCCGGAGCCGGUGGAGGAUGUCGUAGAUGAGGAUGUCAGGCCUGUUCGUGAGACAGAUGAGACAGAUGAUCAUCCUGAUGAUCCGCUGCAUGCGACAGAGGUCACGGUAGCGAGUAAGGUGUAAUGGGAUAUGUAACCCCCAGUCAAUCCAUACCAUAGACAGAUAUAUAGAUCAAAA